AGAGGCAGCUCUGAAGAGGAGACCAUGGCUCCCGGGGCCUCCCAGGAGUCAGUGACAUUCAGAGAUGUGACUGUGAACUUUACCCUCGAGGAGUGGAGGGAGCUGUGCCCUUCUCAGAAGGAGCUGUACAAGGAGGUGAUGCUGGAGAACUACAGGAACCUUCUCUGUCUGGGACUUGUAGCUUCCAAACCACAUGUGAUCUGCCAGCUGGAACACAGGGAAGUACCAUCGAUGCGAAGAAGAGAUGUCGCCCAAAGAAGCAGCUGUGCAGGUUUCCAUACCUUCAACCAGUUCUUCCCUGUUAGUGAUAAUCAGAUUCAAAAUGGGAUUUCCUCUUCCUGGAUUUUCCACCGUGUGAAGGAUAAAAUCAUCCCCGUGGCAGAUCAAGAAGGCAGUUCUUUUGUCAGAGACCGAGUGUGUGCAUGCAGUACAGCAGAUGUCUGGACAACCGAAGCCUCACCCAAGUAUUCUCCGUACUUCUCUCCUCCGGGUCCUGGAUUUACUCGCCUUGAUAGGUUCAGAUCAAUACUCAUUCAACAUCAGAGAAUUCAUACUGGAGAGAAACCAUAUGAGUGUCAUAUAUGUGGGAAGGGCUUUAGACAGAGGUCGGGACUUAUUCAACAUCAGACAAUUCAUACUGGUGUGAAACCUUAUGAAUGUAAUAUAUGUGGGAAGGGCUUCAAUCAGAGAUCAGGACUUACUCAACAUCACACAACUCAUACUGGAGAAAAACCUUUUGAAUGUAAUAUAUGUGGAGAGAUCUUCCGACUGAGAACACAACUUACUCAACAUCAGACAAUUCAUAAUGGAGAAAAUCCUUAUGAAUGUAACGUAUGUGGGAAGGGCUUCAGUCAGAGGUCAGGACUUGCUCAACAUCAGAUAAUUCAUACUGGAGAAAAUCCUUAUGAAUGUAACGUAUGUGGGAAGGGCUUCAGUCAGAGGUCAGGACUUGCUCAACAUCAGAUAAUUCAUACUGGAGAAAAUCCUUAUGAAUGUAACGUAUGUGGGAAAGGCUUCAGUCAGAGGUCAGGACUUGCUCAGCAUCAAAAAGUUCAUACUGGAGAAAAUCCUUAUGAAUGUAACGUAUGUGGGAAAGGCUUCAGUCAGAGGAGAGGGCUUACUCUACAUCAGAGAACCCAUGGUAGUGAGAAACCUUAUGAAUGUAAUGAAUGUGGGAAGGCCUUCCGUUGGAGGAGAGGACUUACUGUUCAUCAGAGAAUUCAUGUUGGUGAAAAACCUUAUAAAUGUAAUGAAAUUCAUGCUGGAGAGACACCUUAUGAAUGUAAUGAGUGUGGAAAUGCCUUUCGGCUGAAAAUACAGCUUACUCACCAUCAGAGAAUUCAUACUGAAAAGAAACUGUGA